CCAUUUGCUUCUGUUUCUUUCUUUUUUGUUUGUUUAUUCUUUCUGGUUUUGCCUUUUUAAUCCUGCGGUAGUUGAUCGUGUUAGCUAUAAAAUCCCGGUGGCAUUGGGAUUGGGACUGCGGAUAGCGAGCAGUAAGCUUCCACCUGCUGCUUGUGGGCUCGCUGGUGGUGGUUGCGAGCUCCCCGCGGUACAAGCCAACCGUCGCAGGGUAAGAAGACACCCGACCGACACCGACAUUGUUGCAUAUAGAGGAGGGAGGGUGAGGCCGGGGAGGCCUGAGAGAGAGAGAGAGAGAGAGAGAGAGAGAGGAGAUGGGUGGCAGGGGGGGGAAUGAUCAGUCUUUGCUGACGCUGGCUGGGGAGCUGCUAAAUUCGACUGUUAGCUUCCUUGUCUUCUCCUUCCUUGACGUCCUCGACGUGGUCCUCUGCGUGGUGUAUAAGCUGAUUGAUUACGCCAUGGAGGCGGAGUGGAAGCCCUGCUACUGCUCAUCCUCCAACAACAUGAUCACCAGCAGCGACAGCUUCAUGGUGUCCGUGAACAGAGGGCCCAAGAUCGUCCGCCUUUGCUCCACCAAGCUUCAGCUGGAGGACGUCUCCGACACGCUCUACUCCCGCCACUCCCGCGUGUCGGAGUUCUCCCGGAAGGCCGCCGUGGCCGUGGCGGCCAGCACCAGCAUGUCGGUUCGGUCGCCGGCCACCACCUCCUUCGCCGUCGGCUCCAACAUCAUGGAGAUGCUGAAGGGGAAGAUCGAACGGCGGCUGCCGCAGCCGAUCCCCCUCUGGUCCGACUGCGACUGCAAGAUCUGCAACUCGUGGAGCCGAUCCACCUCCAGCACCUCCCAGCUUUAUGUCCAUGCCGAGGGGCCUGCAGAUGGAAGAACGACGACGAAUGAGGACGUCCUGUUCAUCCACGGCUUCAUAUCAUCCUCCACGUUCUGGACGGAGACCGUGUUCCAGGAAUUCACCGCCGAGACGAGGUCGAGGCACCGGCUGUUCGCGGUGGACCUGCUGGGGUUCGGCCGGAGCCCCAAGCCGGCCGACUCGCUGUACACGCUGCGGGAGCACAUCGACAUGAUCGAGAAGUCAGUGCUGGAGCGAUACGACGUCCGCUCCUUCCACAUCGUCGCCCACUCUCUCGGCUGCAUCAUUGCGCUGGCCAUGGCCGUCAGGCACCCAAACGCGGUCAAGUCCCUCACCCUGCUGGCUCCGCCAUAUUUUCCAGUGCCGAGGGGCGAGGAGCCGUCGCAGUUCAUAAUGCGGCAGGUGGCGCCGAGGAAGGUGUGGCCGGCCAUCGCGUUCGGGGCCUCCAUGGCUUGCUGGUACGAGCACGUCAGCCGGACCAUUUGCCUCCUCAUCUGCAAGAACCACCGCCUGUGGGACUGCCUCUUCAAAUUCUUCUCCGGUAACAGGAUGCGGACGUUCAUGAUCGAGGUGUUCAUGUGCCACACGCACAACGCGGCAUGGCACACCCUGCACAACGUCAUCUGCGCCAGCGCGGAGAAGAUGGAGAGCUACCUGGAGACGGUGCGGGAGAAGCUGAGGUGCGAGGUGCGGGUGUUCCACGGGGGCAACGACGAGCUCCUCCCCGUCGACUGCAGCUACGACCUGGCGGCCAGGAUCCCCAGGGCUCGCGUCAAGGUGUUCGAGAAGAAGGACCACGUCACCAUCAUCGUCGGCCAGCAGCGCGCCUUCGCCCGGGAGCUGGAGGAGAUAUGGAGGGAAGCAGGGAAGUAGGGAGGAAGACAUGCCGAUGAGGAGGAGCGACCAAAGACGCUCUGCCUCUCAUAGAAAGAGAAACAGUAAGAGAUGUGUAUUAUUGUCCGCUUUCUUUUCUCUUCUCUCUUCAGAAGCCGUCGUCUGUUGAUCGCUGUGAUUUGGACCGAAUCAUGCAUUGACGUUUAGGGGUUGGCCUACGUAUGAAAAUAUAAUCUGAGUCAAUAAGCAAAUCAAUGUUAUGUGUUUCCUGC